GGUUAACCCACUUCUAAGUUAAUUUAUCUCCCGAUCUCCACAUUAUUGUUAAUUGUUAUUAAUUCUUUCAAUUAAGAUAUUAAUAACUAGCUUAAUGGGGGAUUUGCGAAAAGGCCGAAGUGUGGAAGAAGCAAAAAGAGAGCUACAAGAAAUGUAUGUGGGCGUUCCAGAUGAAUCUGUCAACCUUAGCUUCAACCACCUUCUUGUUGCGACGGCAAAGGAGGAGGAGGAGCCCCAACAAGACGUGGUGGAGGUUGCGCCGACGCGGCAACCACCGCGUACUGCGGUGGAAAGCGGCGGGGUUGUUAUGAAAAAGUCUAAGUCAUGCAAAAGCAGCUUCCGGCCGGGGACUCCUCAUUCGAAUAGAUGCACUCUCUGUCGAACCUAUAUCUACUUUUUCCGGCACCGCUGUUUGGUGUGUGGAAGAGUUUAUUGUAGAGCGUGCAUGCGGAUCGGAAUGGGAGAGAUGUCUCAGGGCAGAAAAUGUGUCUCUUGUUUAGGUAGAAGGUUCCACCCAAGGUACAUACAAAAUGCUGGGCAGCUUGGGUUUUGCUGCAUGGGCUACCCAAGCACAGUGAAGCUACAAGAGCUUAAGUGGGCCGAAAUAGGGCCCAGUAUGGCACAAAUAGAUUAAUCCAACCAUUCAAGCGGGGGAGUACAUAAAAUGAAUUCCGAGUAAAAAGCUACAGAACUAAUGAAGACAACAGUUGAAGGAUUAAAUUAAAUUGUAAUUACAAUGUGUUUUACAAUAUAUGGAUGUAUAGAGUUAUUAGAAUAAUUGAGCUCAAAUUUACAUUUGCACAGCCUAUUAAUUAGUUAAACUACACGCACGAACAUUAUUUACUUUUAUAAAGUCCAACUUAUUUAUGCCAGAACAACACAAGUUGUCGUUAUGUACGAAUUUAUUAUUAUUGUUUGAUAUUAUAUCAAUU